AUGGUCCAUCGUCUAGGAAACCUCAGGGACGAUCCAAUUCAUCAGGAGCAGUCUAGGACGUUUGCAAUUUGUAGCAUGAAGUACAACCAGUCAAGUGCCGAAGAAUCUGACAUGCAUUUUGUUCGGUUUUUAGAUGACCAGACUUUUGAGUUCAUGUCCACUUACCCACUUGAUACAUUUGAGCAUGGUUGCUCCAUACUUAGUUGUUCCUUCUCUGAUGACGGUAACGUAUAUUACUGUGUUGGGACUGCGUAUAUGUUGCUGGAAGAAAAGGAUCCAACCAAGGGUCGGAUAUUAGUUUUCAUUGUUGAGGAUGGGAAAUUACAGCGGAUUGCUGAAAAAGAGACCGAGGGGGCUGUUUGCUCUUUGAACGCCUUUAAUGGAAAGCUAUUAGCUGCAAUCAAUAACGAAAUUCAAUUGUACAAGUGGAUGCUGCGAGAUGAUAGUUCUCGUGAAUUGCAAUCCGAAUGUGGACGUCACGGUCCCGAACUUGCCCUCCAUGUACAAACUCGCGGAGACUUCAUUGUUGUUGGUCAUCGGAUGGGGUCAAUACAUCAGGGGUCAACAUCCCUGCUGAUAUACAAGCUUGAGGAGGGUGCCACUGAGAAGCGGGCACAUGAUUACAGUGCAAACUAUAUAUCUGCCGUUGAGAUUCUCAAUGAUGAUACUUAUCUUGGUGCGAAAAAUAAUUUCAACCUCUUCACAGUGAGGAAGAGCAGCGAAGAUGCCGCCGAUUGGGAUAGGGGCUCUCUUGAGUGGAUUGGCGAGUAUCACCUUGGAGAAUUCGUCAACCGGUUCCGCCAUGGUUCCCUUGUGAUGCGGUUGCCGGAUUCCGAUGUGGGUCAGAUUCCGACCGUCAUAUUUGGCACGGCGUUGGGCGACUGA